GAGGGCGCGUGCGCAUGUACGUGUGCGCGCACUUCGAGAGAAAGAGCAAAAGAAAGAAAGACAGAGGCAAAGACAGAGGCAGAGACAGAGCACGCGCGCCCCCGGUGAUUCAGGGUGACAAUGUAGACGGAUCGCGGCAGAGAGCAGAGGACUGACUGGGCUCUUCAUAGCCGAAAGCAUGGACGCUACUGCAGCUGGGAAAAGUUCACCCGAAACUCCUCCAUAAGCUCGCGGGGAGAACAUGGGUGAGAUCUGGGUGUUUUGGGGUGCUGGCUGCCAUGGAAACUAUUACAUUUGAGAUAAUAGUGAAGAUACAAAGGUCUUUUUGCAGUCAGAGCGAGCGGCUGAGGGUACAAGUCCCCCAGGCAUAAUGCAGAGCGGGAGCUCUGAGUUGUGUCUGGAGCUCGAGAGUGACGCGGCUGUUCGGGACGGCUUGCGUCCUCGGCUGGGUCUGGACAGCCUGCAGCAGAAGAUGCUGAAGGUGACCGAGCAGUUGCGUAUCGAGCAGGCUCUGAGGGAUGAGAAUGUGGCAGAGUACCUGAAGCUAAUUGACACUGCCGACAAGCAGCAGAGCAGCCGCAUCAAGCAUGUGUUUGAAAAAAAGAACCAGAAGUCUGCGCAGACCAUCGCACAGUUGCAACGCAAGCUCGAGCAGUACCAUCGCAAGAUCAAGGAGUGCGACACAGUGGCCGCGACCAACGGCACCAAACAAGCCCAGACACCCGGUAAAGAUCUUAAAGAAGCUAAAGAAGCAUCCAGGGACAGCCUGAAAGACUGCGCCAAGGAAACAGGGGUCAAAGCGAGUAGCCGAAACCAACAUUUGGACAAAGUGAAGACAGUAGGUCCAGGCGUCUCACUUUCUCCACCAUUUUUCUUCAACAAGUCCAAAGGCUUUGCCAGCCUCAUCCGAAACAAAUUUGGCAGUGCUGACAACAUUGCACACCUGAAGAGCACGAUGGAGACUGGAGGCGGGCUGCGAGCCGAGGGGGCAGGUCGAGCGCUGAGUGGCAGUGUGACACUUACAAGCAAGCCGAAGUAUCCAAGCGACGAUGAGUGCUCAACAGGCACAUCGGCAUCUGCAGAGAGCAGUGGUCAUGGCGUCCAGGCCGAGGUGGGGCAGGUGGAGAGCGUGAGCAGGCUGAGCGAUGCGCUGGAUGAGGUGAGGGAGCUUCGAGAGGCACAAGGUCACCUCACCGAGGACAUCGAAAGCCUGCGGAGCCAGACCCAACGUAAUUAUGGCUUUAUCUCACAGAUGCUGCAGGAAGAGCGCUACAGGUGUGAGCGCCUGGAGGAUCAGCUGAACGACCUGACCGAGCUGCAUCAGAACGAAACCACCAACCUAAAGCAAGAGCUGGCGAGCAUCGAGGAGAAAGUAGCCUACCAGGCUUAUGAGCGAGCCCGUGACAUGCAGGAGGCGCUGGAGGCGUGUCAGACUCGCCUCAGUAAGCUGGAGUUGCAGCAGCAGCAGCAGCAGUUGGUGCAGCUGGAAAGCGCGGAUGCCAAAGUGCUCCUGGGGAAGUGCAUCAACAUCAUGCUGGCUAUCGCUACAGUGAUCCUGGUGUGCGUAUCCACCGCGGCCAAAUUCACAGCGCCGCUACUGCGCAGUCGCUUGCACUUGUUCAUGACUUUGGCAUGCGUGUGUUUACUGGUCCUCGGCUGGAGCCACUGGGAGCACGUGCAGUGUGUAGUGGAGCAAAUUCUUCUGACCAGAUGAAGAGCACUUGUAAACGUGUGUGUGUGCGUGUGCGUGUUUGUGUGUGUGUGUGUGUGUGUUUUUCACACUGUGACUUGGGACACUGGAACAUGGGUCAGGAGAAACUGUUCAGAUUUUUCUCAGAAGUCGUUUGUGUGUGUGUGUGUGUGUGUGUGUGUGUGUGUGUGUGUGUGUGGGAGGUGUUUCUAUCUCAUUAACUGUACUGUAUUUUUCGUUCCGGUUCAUGCAACCCGUCUUAUCACGUACAAAAUUCCCAGGAAUUCAUAGAAGGGAACCUGAGCUCUGGUUAAUACGAGGUUAAUAUGACAUUUAGUACAACGUAGACAUACAAUGAUUUACGAUGAAAUGUUUUUCUGUUCAAUGUGAAGUCUGUAGAGCGAACCUUACUUAAGGUGACUCUCCAAUCACAAGCACACGAGUGAGUGAAAGCAAAUGUAGCAAAUGUAUCUACUGUCUUAAGUCAGUAAUUGGGAACGAUGUUGGGGAGAUCGACGCGUCCAGUUGAUGAAAAAAAGAUGUUUAUUAAGCAUUGUUCCAUACUCAGUCUGUCAAUUGGUCUUGUUUGAGCGACAUUUACGUUUUUAAACUGUCAAGCUUUAAUACGACACUCAACUUUAGCAUAUUGCACAUAUGAACAUUUAGUUUCAAAAAUGUGAACAAUUCCUGGGGAGUUCAUUGUCAGCGGAGGUUAUGAAUGGAAACGGUUAUGAAUGGAUGAAUCAUUUAAACUAUCAGUGAUUAUGGUUAGAUUCAUUGUACUGUGUUCUCACUGUCUUUACUUCACCGAGCAGUUGCAAAAACAUCCGUCAGCAGUGUUUCUCUCGUUCUGGACCACUCUUUCCCUCCAGAGCUGGAAUAAACCAAAGCUCAGCACACACCAGCUGUUUGAAAUGCAGUGUAAGUGAUGCUCAACUUCAACUGUGCACUGAAAGGAAACAUUUAUUUUGUAGGGUUUUUUGUGUGUUUGUGUGUGUGUUUAGGUGUUUUAGUGUGAAUUUAGGUGGUGGUAAGCUGAGCUGUAUAAUAGAAUGAAAUGUAGUACUUUUUAAAUGAAGGUUUUAAUGACUAUUUUUAUACCUCUGUUCUUCAGAUCCUGUUUUAAUGAGUCUGUGAAUACAGCAGUUGCGAUUGCUAUCUCACCUUACGUGAUGUUUGCGUGUUCACAUACAGUUUGUAAUUAAGUGUCAUUGUCAUUACCUACAAUAAUGUUAAAGAUUUGGAUACUUCCAGAGUUGCAGGACACCAAUUACUUUCCCUUAUGAAUGAAUGAUUGAUUCAGCAAAAAAAAAUAAUCAUUUGUCUCUACCAGAUGUGAUACGAAAGAUGUGUGUAUUCCUUAGUUUAGUUUGACACUGGAGCUAACACGUAUUUCACAUAAUUCACCAAGUCUCAUUCCUCAGAAGUCACACCAGCUUGCUGUGUAAUCUGUAGUAAAAUGAUGCACUAGUUUCUAAUAAAUACUGCUGUCAUACAGCCAUCUUUCCCUGGAAA